UUUUCCUCUCACGGGGGAUGAUCGGCACUCACUCCUGUGGAGGAGUGACACAGCAGCUGGUUCGCUGCAAAAAGGCCGAGAGGGGGAAGAAAGUGGAUUUCGUCUGAGAGAUGGACUAGGCGGAGGAAUAUCGAAUGGCUGGAUGUCACGCCAGUACGCAGCUGCUGCUGAGAAUUUGCCAAAAAGGGUUUAUGUCUAAAAGGUGAAAGAAGCUGCUCUGCUGUGACGUUUAAUCACUAACCAAACAUGGCACCAGGGCCCCUGAAUGACUUCCUUCUCUCUGAAGUGAAGCGGAUUUACUGGUGAUCAGAGUCUACGGCCUCCUCUGCUUCCUCCUGUCUGACUGGAAGAGACAGAAAACAAAACUACAGUUAAACAACAGCUGGCCUGCUGUUUCAUUGACUCCUGAAUACAUGCUGGUCUUAUUUUGGCGGGGGCAGCAAACAGGAAGCAACAUUCAGAUGUAAACAUGGUUUAUUAAGAAGCUGUUUCAACUUGUUUGUGUGUGUGUGUGUGUGUGUGUGUGUGUGUGUGUGUGUGUGUGUGUGUGUGUGUGUGUGUGUGUGUGUGUGUGUGUGUGUGUGUGUGUUUAUAUAACCAGGAAAACGAGGAACUGCCAAGUUUCAUAGCGCUGAAGGAAGGGCACACCUCUGCCUGAAAAUGUUCUAACAAAAGGCACGACCACGCAGCUUUUGUCUGUGACAAAAUAGACUUAAAGACCUUUUUCAUAUGAAUUAAAGAUUGAUCUCGGCACAAAUCUUCUGUCGUUUCUUCAGAAGAAUCAAACAUGAAUUUCACACAAAAUACAUUUCCGCCAACGUGUGGGUUAGUUCAAAUUCAAUUCAGUUCUAUUCAAAAAUACUUAAUUAAUCCCAGAGGGAAAUUGAUUAGAAGAGAUGGUUUGAAUUUCCUCUUUCUCUGUCUCCGUUUUGCUCCCGCUCUGCACCCACGCUUCUUGCGUUUUAGCUCAUUUGGGAUUUGUGGCUUCAGUUGAGGUAUUAUUUCAGCCUUUCCAAUGUUAAUCAGCUGCUCCCGAUUGUAAACCAGCUUGUUGCCAUGGUUACGCAUCAUAACAAAUGCUCAAAAAGUGAAAAAAGCUAAAGAAUAGCAGUAAAAAUCCUCCAAGCUUCACAGCACCAGAAACAGAAAAGUAAAAUGUCCAAAAAAAUACUGUUUUUUUUUUUGAGAAACUAGAACAAAAAAUGUCCAAGAAAAGGCAAAACUUACAUACAGUCAACAGAGCUACUCCAACAUGCAGCCACCCAGAGCAGCGCAGUUCCGGAAACAGUUGGAGGCAUCUGCAGAUGAGAAAUAAUUUUCUCUGCAAUAAAGUAAGGUGCUGUGACUAAUGUCUAACUAUCCCUUCACUGUUAUUGUCUGGUAUAGUUUCAUAUCCUCGUGACAGAUAAGUCCCCGUUUUCUGAAAUUAACAGGAAAAAGAUUUUUCCAAUGUACGUGUAGAGCUACACUUUGUGUUAAAUUGCCUGACGAGCUGCCCUUGGCUCCACUUUGAUGUGUGGAAAGAGUGCUCAUUGCAUCAGUCUCUUUCUUAUCGACACUUAUCCAGACUUUUAGCCUCUUUUUAACUCAAACGAGAGAGCUGGGAGGAAUAACAUUUGGGUUUCUGAGGAGAAGAAAACAACAGUUGCCCUCAUGGGAACCAGUGCGGUAAAGGUUGCAUCCUCCUCUGCACGCAUGUGGAGUAAAGAAGAAAAACACUCCCCCACCACCAAAAGCCCAGGCUAUCCUGAAUUAGUUAAUUAAAACCAUUUGCUGCCAAAACAUUAGAUCAUUCCCCAGCUUGUUUUGUCAUUAGCUGAACUUGAGCCCCCGUGCUGGCCUCUCCAGGAGAGAGAAACUAAAGGACACACACCGUGCCUCUUUAACUGAAUAAAUGUGAGGACAGACCUCAGAAACUUUCUUGCAACACACGAUUCACGGUUUUGUGUUCCAAAAUGGUUUUAAAUGUGAGUUUUAACUAAUAAAGGGCAUUAUGGUCUUGUAAAGUGGCUUUAGUCCUCGCAGAUGUUGGAUUAAGCAAAUAUUCCAGGAUUCUGCUUCACGUUUUCUUCUAUCUUUCAAAUAAACUUGAUAUUUAGUUUUCGUCUAAGAACAGUUUUCUGUUUGAUGGUUCGUGACUUUGAGAAGUUUUCUCGUAAUCUCGCGAGAAUACGUGGUUACCACGGUAACGCACACGUUCUCAAAGUUGGGAAAUUGGGACCGUACCAAUACAGAGAUCAUUUUAGGGGUGCAAUACACCACCGGGCCCCCGAAAUAAACUUUGUUACGAUAAAGUAUCACAUUUUCACAUCACGACUUAGAAAUGUAUUGAGUAAAUGGUAAUUAUCAUAAUCUUUGUGACUUUUUACGUGUUUAAUCCGAGUUGGUUAAUGGUAUCACCCGCGCCAACAUUGAAAGUCUGUGAAAGUGAAUGCCAGGCGUCGCGACCGUUGGCGCAUCCUCCAUCCCACCGUUUUGAAAACUCAACUCGUUUGACUUGGAGAAGCUACUAGCCAACAGAAUGGUGAGUGGUUUAUAUUGUUUUAAAUGAAAAUACUGAGCGGUGUGCACGCGAGUAAAUAACUGGCGUUUAAAAUGUGCAGGAGGAAGUGUUUCACCCAAAAGUAAAUAAAUAAAUAAAUAAGGGACUGAAUUAGGUCAGUUUUACUUCUGGUGUCGGUCAAAAACACACCUAUAAGUGCUUUAACGUCAUUCUGACGAAGCCUCGGUGCAAUUUAUGUCAGUUAGCUCGGCUUUAAAUGCUAGUAAUUGUUCCGGUGUCAUGUCGAGAUGUGUUUCCCUGUCGAAAACUUGUUUCCACAUCAGUUGCUGUUUUCUCCUUAACCUUUGUUGCUGUUAAUUAUCUUCUAUAAAAAAUGUAAAAUUAUCACUUUUUUUUUAUUUCUAACAGCUUGGGAAACACUUGUUUUCCCUCAUGUCGUCACACAUUUGUUACAACUGAGUCACAAAGAUCACUUCCUUCGACUUUUAUACUGCUGUGCCCAAAAUAUGUACAGGGAGGGGAAACUCCUCUGUGAUUGGAAAUCGAGCUUUCUUUCAUGGUGACACAUCUCAACACAACACCUGUUAGCAGGGAAGUAAACAAAUCUGGGUUUUUGCUGAACUCUGUGGUUUCCAGACUGAUGUGUGCUUAUAGGCUGCAUAAGAAGAGAGGAAGUCCAGUUGCAUUAGAGGAUGUGAGUCUGGUUUAAAGGCCAGACUGACAUUCACCCUUUGAGUUGAUGAUGUAUUCAAUCCCAUUGCAGGGGAGGGAAACUGUUCCUUUUUUCUUGUUCAGAGGAGGAAGUUCAGGCCUGAAAUGCUGCUGUUAGAUGAAUGCCUCUUCCUGGACUGACCCAGGCUGUUCUCUCUCAGCAGACUGAGUCAAAAAAGUGAUCACAUUGUUGCAGAUGACACCAGCAGGAGUUGUUUGGCCCGCUGAUAACAGCUGGAGAGGAGCGACCGUAGAACGGAUCGUUGUGUCUGAUCUAGCAGACCCUCAGCCCAAACCCGAGUGGGUCACCGCUCAGCUGACAGGGGUGGUCUCAGCGGUCCUGAUGUGGAAUUUGACCCUGGCCGACCCUGUCCCACAGGCUGCCUUUCACUGAGAAGCCAGGAUAAGAGUGAGAGGGCGACGGGAGAAAGGAGAGCAGCAGAUCACAAACCACCUCUCCAACAUGCCGGUGGAGACGCUCCGGCCCUCUGACGGCCGUCUGGCUGGAGUUCCCUUCACCUCGGCCAUGCCCUUCAGGAUACUCAACAAGGGUCCGGGGUACUUCCGGCCACCGGCUGAGUCCGGGACCCGGAAGCUGAGCGCUGUGGAGCGGCUGGAGGCUGACAAAGCCAAGUAUGUUAAGAGCCAGCAGGUGGCUCUCACCCGUCAGGCGCCCAUUCAGCCCCCGAUACGCAAGCCCCUCGUUCCUCAGGCGAUGAUGUUCCAGGGUCACAUCAACGCUCUUCCUGCACGGAAAGUUCCCCGCUGCCCUGCCGAUAGGGAAAACGUGGGAGCCAGGGAGGGAGCGGGGGGGAGCCGACCGGCUUUUAGCUUGGAUAUUCUCAAUAAUCUGAUCAGUGAUGUUUGUGAUGGAACACGCUCCACCUCCCCCUCCUCAUCAUCUCCAUCAUCAGGAGUGAAGAGCGUCUGCAGCAGCCUUUCUACGGAACAGCAGACAAACAACAGACUCCUGAACAACUUCAAACACGUGAAUCCCGGUACCAACACCUCCUCGUCCACAUCCUCCUCCCCUCUCUGUAAAAACCUCCGCACCGCCACAACAGAACUCACUCGUCGUCCUCCACCUGUGCCGGCGCGGCCGCCGCGUGGCUUUCCCGCGCCGUACAGCUCCCCGAACUCAGUGACUGUGCGCAGAGUGGACGUUCGGCCUCAUGCUGAGAUAAAGAAGCCCCAGAGGGCUCAGCUGCAGCCCCGCUUCAGGCCCAGACAGACUGCUCAGGGCCAGGUGCCCCAUCCCCAGGUCCCACCUCCUCCCCCUCCAUCACACAAUAAACUACAACCCCCCCCUAAGGUCAACACUUCCUCCCAAACCCAGCCCUCACCUCCUGCUUAUCUGCCCCCCAGUCCUCUGCUGGUCCGAGCCGGCGUGAUCCCCCCCGCCUCGCCCGCCUUCACCCGCGUCUCAAACGCCAGCUCCAAGGGUUCCUCCCGCAAGCACCCGACCCUCCACCGCUCCAAGUCGGACCUGAGCGACCGCUACUCCCGUGCCACGGCCGACCUGGAGCGCUUCUUCAACUACUGCGGGCUGGACCCGGACGAGGUGGAGGGGAUGGGCGGGGUGGAGUGCUUCACCAGGGCCAACUCGGACAUCGUGUCGGUCUCUAAGCUCCGCAGCGUCAGCACGCCCAGCUCGGAGUGCGGGGACGAGGCAGAGCGGACGAGGGAGUACGGAGGGGAGGAUGACGACGAUGAAGAUGACGAUGGGCCCUUAAGGGCCAACCAAAGAGUCCCGUAUGGAAUAUCCGUCAUCGAGAGAAACGCGCGGGUCAUCAAAUGGCUCUACGGCAUUCGUCAGGCGAGAGACACGAACAGCGCCGUCUCCAACGUCUGAAGCGGUGAAACGUUUCAUCCUUUUGCUGCCUUACGUCACCAUCAGAUACUCUAGUAGUUUGUCUUCUGUCUCCUGCAAAGACUCACGGGAAAGUUCUGGUGUGUUCGGGCUGCAAACGGACGAUGCCUCAGCCAGUUCCUCCAACUGGUCCUGUCCAGCAAUACCAGCAUGCAAAAGCAAUAACAGACUGGUGUGAAUGAAGGCAGCGGCUGACCGCGGUGUUUGUUGUUCGUACAGAAGGUACUCUGUGCGUGUGUGUGUGUGUGUGUGUGUGUGUGUGUGUGUGUGUGUGUGUGUGUGUGUGUGUGUGUGUGUGUGUGUGUGUGUGUGUGUAUGUGUGUGUGUGCGUGCGUGUGUGUGUGUGCGUGUGUGUGUGUGUGUGUGUGCUAAUACCAGCAAACUUGGCUGAGUGGAGUUCGGCUACGAACUGCCAAAACGUUGCACGGACUGUCGAUCAGACCAGGUUAAAACUGUGAAUCAAACUCAUUAACAAGAAGCUUCCGUAAGUUUUCCCGACGCUGAACGGCGGCCGUUACAACGGUUUCUGUCAGCGUGCCAGUUGGAAUCCACGUUUUAGCGCAAGUUCUCUUGUUAAGCACACCUUUCACCGCACAGACGCGCAGUCCGGUGAGCCACAGGUAGAGCGCGUGUCACCCGAGUCCAGCUUCGUCUAGCCGAGCGUCCCAAACCUGGUUAGCUGCUCUGGUGCUGCCGGAGAAAUCCGCCCACUGAGCUUGGACGCGGGUGAUGUCACACGUGGAUGGUCGAAGCGUGGCGUGACGGCGGCGUUUAGGCUCAAGCACGUCAGAAACCGUUUAAAGGAUGGCUGAAGAGAGGCAUGAUGGGUAAAAGAUGUAUGAGUACGUCUGCGGCUCUGAAAGUGUCUCAGGAAGAUGACAUAGUAAUAAAAAUUGACCAAUAUUUAUUUGGAAAAUGUAACUUAAUGUAUUUUUUAGUAAAUGAUGACUUUGUGUACAAAUAAUAUUCUGUGAUCUGAAGCGCAAUCUCAUCCUAUUUUACUAUAAUGACAUCAUCAGUUUGUAGAAACACGUUUUAACACGCAAAAAGACUUCCGGCGUCGCCACCUUCCUGUUUGUCCCAGUAAGAGCAGGAGACCACGGCCACCAGCGCUCCGGAGCGGUGGUGUUUUAAUCAGGCACUGGAUGCCCAAAGAGUCCUCGGAUGAGAGAUCCAAGAUGCUUCAGUUCUUCCCUGAAUCAUUAAUAAAAAUGUUUGCACAAGUU